AUGUCUCGGUCUCCCAGUACGAGCAACACUCCAGUGAGCAGGAAGGACACGACGGCAGGAUCUGCCAGUCUCUCCAGUGAUUCUUUAAUCAGCAGCAGCCAGUCGGAAAACAAAUCAGCCAGAGGACCCUCCGACGAGUUCGAGGACCUGAUCGUCAGCGCAGAUGUCGCCGCAGCUGAAAACCUGUUCGAUGAGCCCUCGGAUGAUUUCGUCGACAUACUGGGAGGCGACGCUGCAGCGCCAAGGGGGGAAGUAGACGUUACGGGGAGAGGCGAAGUGGCCGGUGGCGCGGCGGAUCCUCCACCAUCCUCCGCUGCUCCGCUUAUCGGUGUCGGUGACGACCUGCCAGCUGUUGGCGAGCGGCAGCCGCCCGUCGGCGAGAACGUCUGCGACCCCCUGGUCGACCUCCUCAGUGAUCCACCAGCUCCUGCCGAUGCCAAAAGUCCCAGCGCUGCCGUAAUCGAUCUGUUCGAGGACGUCGGGAGCGACGUUUUCACCGGAGCUCAGCCGACUAAACCUGCCAAGCCUCAGAAAAGCCUCUUCGGUGAACCCGACGAGGAUCUGUUCAGCGAGCCGCUGGGCGCCGUCUCCAAGGCACCCGCUGCUGAAGAGCAGAAGAAACCUGCAGGAGAACCCCUGCAGGGCUCCAAACCCGCAGAACCCACGGAUAUCUUCACAGAGGAAGCCGUACCCACGAUGCCAAAAACCAGGAACGCCAGUGCCGUCGCCUCCAGAACCAACGGAGUCCACUCUGAGGAGGGCCCGGACAUAUUCGCAGAUGCCACUGUGGAGCUUUCUCUCGACAGUCCACGGAACGAGCGAAAGAAAGAGGCGCCGACCAAACCAACUGCUUCCUCCUCAUCGUCGUCGUCUUCCUCCUCGCUCCCAGCAGCUGCCAGCCCGGCCAAGCCUCAGUUCUCGGCCCUGGAGGAGUUGGAGGAAGAGGAGGAGGAACUGGAAGACAAGUUCGACCUUUUAGUUUCUGUCAAAGACCCUGAAAAGAUCGGCGAUGGUAUGAACGCCUACAUGGCCUACAAAGUUUCCACAGAGACCACACUGCCCAUGUUCCGCAACAAAACGUUUACGGUAAAGCGCCGCUUCAGCGACUUCCUCGGCCUCUUCGAAAAGCUCUCUGAAAAGCACGGACCAAAUGGACUCGUCGUUCCUCCCCCUCCAGAGAAAAACCUCCUGGGGAUGACGAAGAUGAAGGUGGGAAAGGAGGACUCUUCCUCUGCAGACUUCCUGGAGAGAAGAAGAGGCGCUUUGGAAAGGUAUCUCCAGAGGGUGGUGAGUCACCCGCUGCUUCUUCAAGAUCCUGAAGUCCGAGAGUUUCUAGAGAAAGAAGAGCUGCCCAGAGCUGUGAGCACCCAGGCGCUGAGCGGCGCCGGCUUCCUCAAGAUGAUCAACAAAGCGACGGACGCCGUCAGUAAAAUGACCAUCAAGAUGAACGAGUCGGACGUGUGGUUUGAGGAGAAGCUGCAGGAGGUGGAGUCUGCAGACCAGCAGUUCAGGAAGCUCCACGCUAUGGUCGAGUCCCUGGUCCUUCACAGAAAAGAGCUGUCGCUGAACACGGCCAGCUUUGCUAAAAGUGCGGCCAUGCUGGGCAGCGCAGAGGACAACACGGCUCUGUCCCGAGCCCUGUCCCAGCUGGCCGAGGUGGAGGACAAGAUGGAGCAGCUGCACCAAGACCAAGCUGCCAACGACACCUUCAGCCUGGCAGAACUCAUCGCAGACUACAUCCGUCUGCUGGGAGCCGUCAGGGGGACUUUUGACCACCGGAUGAAGGCGUGGCAGCGCUGGCAGGACGCUCAGGCCAUGCUUCAGAAGAAGAGGGAGGUGGAGGCCAAGCUGCUGUGGGCCAACAAGCCGGACAAGCUGCAGCUGGCUAAAGAGGAGAUCUCUGAGUGGGAGGCCAAAGUGACCCAGUACGAGAGCGACUUUGAGAGAGUUUCUGCAACCGUCCGCAAGGAGGUGACCCGCUUCGAGCUGAUGAAGUACUGGGAGGCGUUCCUACCUGAAGCUAAAGCCAUCGCCUGAUCCUGGACGACAAACACGCUGCCUUCUUCUGAUCCACUUUACCUCUUCUGCCUUUAAACCAACAACAAUCUGUGCGUUGAAAAGGGAGAGACAAUCAAACUGUCUUUUUUUUUUUUAUCAACUUAAACUAUAAAUCUAUAUUCUAUUGUAUAUUUCCAUUUAACCUUCCACAAAUAUUUUCUUAUGAGAGCAGAAGACGGACUUAUAAAAAGAAUGAUUCCUUUUGUUUCCGACGAACUCUCGGCUGCGAGGGUUUCCUCCUUCGGCUGAUCCUUCGCAGCCGUUUGUCGUUUAAAGGCUGUUCCUUCAGCUGAUGUUUCUGUGGGCCCAGAUGAAGGUGGCCAAGAUUCUCUCGUUUUGUUUUUGUGUUUAAAAAGGGAUUAAAAAUGUUUGAGCACUUCCUA